AUGGAGGAACCGCUGAUCGAUGGCGGCGUCUCCAUCGUUCAUCAUUCGCCAUCCAACCCCAUAGUAGUUGAAUCGGGGGAAGGUGAUUACCCACCGUUGAAAAGCUUCGCAGAUGUCAAAUCUGUGUUUUGGAAAGAGUCGGUAAAGCUGUGGGUCAUCGCUGCUCCUAUCGCUUUCAACAUACUCUGCCUCUAUGGGCUUAACUCUUCCACGCAGAUCUUCGUCGGUCACCUUGGUAAUAUCGAGCUUUCCGCCGUUGCCAUUGCCUUGUCCGUCAUAUCUAACUUCUCCUUCGGCUUCCUGCUUGGUAUGGGAAGCGCACUAGAGACGCUAUGUGGUCAGGCGUUUGGUGCUGGGCAGGUGUACAUGCUUGGCAUUUACAUGCAACGCUCUUGGAUAAUCCUUACAGUCUCCUGUGUCAUCCUUUGCCCAAUUUAUAUCUUUGCAACUCCUAUCCUAGAGCUCAUAGGCCAGGAACACGAUAUCGCUGUUCUCGCCGGUAAAUUCACUAUCCAAAUCAUUCCUCAGAUGUUUGCACUGGCUAUCAAUUUCCCAAUCUCAAAGUUCCUGCAGGCCCAAAGCAAGGUUUGGGUACUCGCUUAUGUUGGCUUCGCUGGUCUUCUCCUUCACGUAUUCUUGCUCUGGCUCUUCAUCUAUGUCUUUAGCAUGUCUAUGUCUGGUGCAGCCUUGGCCUACAACAUUUCUGGCUGGGCGAUUUCUAUAGCUCAGUUGGUUUAUGUGGUGUGCUGGUGCAAGGAAGGAUGGAAGGGCCUAUCUUGGUUGGCCUUCAAUGAAAUUUGGGCCUUCGUUACGCUCUCACUAGCCUCUGCUGUCAUGCUUUGCCUUGAGAUAUGGUACAUGAUGACUCUAGUUGUUCUUACUGGCCACCUUGGUGAUGCAGUCAUAUCUGUUGCCUCCAUCUCUGUUUGUAUGAACCUCAAUGGUUGGGAAGCAAUGGUAUUUAUUGGAAUCAAUGCUGCUAUAAGUGUUCGAGUCUCAAAUGAGCUUGGAUCAGGACACCCUAGGGCUGCUAAAUAUUCUGUCUUUGUUAUAGUUUCUCAAUCACUUCUCAUUGGGUUAUUCUUCAUGGCUGCCAUCUUGGUUACCAAAGACUAUUUUGCCAUCAUUUUUACUAGCAGUAAGGAGCUACAGCUAGCUGUCUCUCGCCUUGCCUACCUCCUUGGGGUAACCAUGGUACUUAACAGUAUCCAGCCAGUCAUCUCAGGUGUUGCUGUUGGAGGUGGGUGGCAAGCAUUGGUUGCUUAUAUUAACCUGGGUUGUUAUUAUAUAUUCGGGCUUCCUCUUGGGUUCCUUUUAGGCUAUAAAUUGAAUAUGGGAGUGAAGGGAAUUUGGUCUGGUAUGCUCUGUGGAACUGCACUGCAGACGUUGAUUCUACUGUUCAUCAUUUGGAAAACCAACUGGAAGAUUGAGGCUGAACAGGCAACAGAACGCGUGCGAAUGUGGGGUGGGCAAGACAAGGAAGAUGAAAAAAUUGUGACAAAUUCUUGUUAGAGAAGGUAAAAUUUUGAAGUAUCUGUUUUUAGGCUUUGGAGGAUGGCUGGAGCCUUGCAAAUGUUAGAUCAUAUUUAAUUAAUAUUAAACUGGCAAA